AUGCGGCAGCUGGCUGAGCGUCAGUUUGCGACUCACUGCCGGGUGCAGCGCCAAAUGGAGACAGCUGAUGAGCUGUCUCUACCAGCAACCACAACUCGUAUCGUUGAGGUGUACAGCGAUCUCCCUCGUCCGUUUGCGUUGAAGGUCCCCCCCUUCAUUCCCCUGGAGAGGGGGGGCUCGACGCUCACCAGCCUCGCUAGUGUUGCUGCUGCAGCAUACCAGGUACCGCUGCUGCUGCUGCUGCUGCUGCUGCUGCUGGUGUUGCUGCUGCUGCUGCUGCUGAUGAUGGUGAUGGUGAUUCUGAUGAUGGUGGUGCUGCUGCUGCUGAUGAUGAUGGUGUUGCUGCUGCUGGUGGGGGCGCAGCUGUUGCUGUUAUGUAUGUGGGAGGAGCAGCAACGACAGGAACAGCAGCAGCAGCAGCAGCAGCAACAGCAGCAGCAGCAAGUAGCUUUUGCUGUUGUUCUCUGUCUCCUAUCUCAGGUGUAUACUCAGCUGGUUCAGAAGUGGGGCUGCAACAGCAACAGCAGCAGCAACAGCAGCAGCAGCAGCAGCAGCAGCAGGAGCAGCGGGAACGACCCCGAGUGCAGCGUGGCUGCAGCACUGGAGCUGGCGAGACGCUGCCAGGAGUGUGGGGUGCGGGGAUCGGGAUCGGGAUCGGUUCCCGCGUGGGCUUUGUGUGGCUUUCUCCCGCUUGUGCUGCGGGUGGAGUCUUAUGAGUUAGAGUUGCUGCCUGUCUCCUCAGCAGAGAGACAGCGGCUGGUAGAUAUAUAUCUCAAAGAAACUGCAGCAGCAGCAGCAGCAGCAGCAGCAGCAGCAGCAGCAGCAAAAGGAGCAGGAACAAAAACAACAGCAGCAGCUGCUGCUGCUGUGUCUCCUCAGCAGAGAGACAGCGGCUGGUAG